AUGAAACCAUUUUUCAAUCAAAAUAAAAAUACGACAAAACAAGAGAACAAUGAUGAAUCGUCCAUAAGUUUCGAAGCAAAUCGACAUGCUUCGAGGUCAAAUUCUAUGUUAGAAUUUUCGACGCAUCAUAGAAUAACAGCGGAUAAUAUAAAUAAAAAUCUCUCAGUUCCGUCUAUAAUUACUUCUAAUUAUUAUGAGGAUGAAAAUAACAGUAUGGAAGACGACAUUCCCCCAGUGCUAAAAAAAAAGAAAAACGCGUCGUCAAGUGCUCCAACCUCUCCGUUUUCAUCAGCACCUACAUUCCAAAAAUGGCAUCCAAGACCGUUUAUACGAAAUUUAAGUCCCAAAAAUGCUUUGAAAAAACUUUUUCUUUCUUCAAGCUUACAGUUUACUACGAACAGCAACGACGAUAAUAAUGACAUAGAAAAUAAAAAAGAGAAAAAAUCAUCGCGACAUAGAAGUUUUAUAAUUUCCACACAACAACAUUUUGCAAAUAUAUUUCGUCGUCGUAAAAGAGCCGUCUCAUUAAAUUCUAUUUCCUCACCAUGUCAGAUUUCUGUUAAUCUUAAACCUGUAAUAAUUGACGACAGUUAUAUCAAGCAACAAUACGAUGAUUCCUCGGGUGCGGAAGAAGAGCUCAGUGAUGCGAAUGAAGGUUGGGACAUUCCCGAUUCAUUACGAGAGAUUGAUUUUGCUGAUGGAUUACAAAUAGUUGAGUAUGAUGGAAUAUUAAUUAACGGUUUAUGCUGUAAUUGA